GGUGCUAAUUGUUAUAAAAGGGGGAAAUUAUAAGCUAGACUCAUUACAUCGCCAGGAAAAAGGACAAAUAUGAAAGCUUUAAUAGUUAUUCUUUACGUUUUAUUCAGUUUAUUCUUUAUGCUGAACAUUACAUUUGCAUUUCUACCAGAUGGGAAUUAUUAUAAUGAAGAUUAUUUAUUGAUUAAUUCAAAGGGAAAUGUGGAAGAUCUUAGCAAGAGAUGCACUAAACCAGGAUCACAUUUUUUUUUAAGCUUUUUCUACGAUGGAACUUAUGAUAAAUUAUAUACAAAAAUUUUAAUAUUUGGAUUGUUACAAGAUUUUCUCAUAACAGUUAAGAAUUUUAAGAAUAAAGAAUGCAAUUACAAUGCAACACGAGUUUCAGAUAUGUUUACUUCGGUCGAAUUCGUCCUACCGCUGAAUGAAGUGCCAGUUAAUUCAAUAGUAGAUAUGGAAUUAUUUCACGGCCCCAAACUUAUAAAAAUCUGUAGAAUUGAUAUGUUACGAGAUACAGUUAACAACAUUAAUCCAUCGAAGCGUGAACAUGAAGACUUUAAUCUACGUAAUACAGCAAUUAAAGAUAAAAGUCCGGAUGAAAUAGGAAUGUCUGAUGAUAACAACGACGAUGAUAUAUUGAAAUCUGAAAUAAAUAUUGAACAAGCUAAUGAUCCAAUAUUCGACAGACAAUUUUCAAAAAAUUCUGAUAUUGCUGAUACAGAAUGGUAUAAAAAGUUUAUAAAGACAAGUACGAGGAGACCACCUGCUGGUGCUGCUACAGAAACAUAUGAAGAAAGUUCGGAACCAUCUAUUAAUGAAGAAGAUAUAAACGAAUAGUAAAACCAAAUGUAUCCUUCCUUGAUGACAUAGAACUCGACGAUAUGACAACAUGGUCGAAAGUUUCAAACAAAAGUAUGCCUGAAACUCGUAAUGCAGAAACUUCGAUUAAGAAGAGGAGUUACUUGUUUACCACGUUUUACUUUUUUAACUCAGAUAGGAUAAUUUUAUCAGUUUACACAGUUUUUGUACAAUGCAUUGCGUAUGGAUACGUUAAUAAAACAUGAAAUUUAUUACUACUCUUGAAAAAAACAUUCUAUGUGUCAUUUUAUGACGUAUAAAGUUCUUUGUGUUUCAAAAUUGUAAUAACAUUAAAAUGAGU